AUGUCUCGGGUCCCAAGGAUAAAGGUAGUGGCACUUGCAUGCGAAACUCCUCUGGAUGUGGAGGAAAUGAAGGCUCGUGGCAAGUCCCCUCAAAACGGGAGGGAAGCAGCUGGGGUGAAUUUCCCAUCCAGGCUAGUGCCGUUGGCAGCUUUUCUCCCGGACCUGCUGGUAUAUAAUGAUGAUUGCUCUGAUCAACGGACACUGCCCUCCAUAGAGACCUUCAACGGGGUCUUGCUUUGUGCAGAGAUUACAGGAUUCACUGCUCUCCAUGAAAAGCUAUGGAGGAUUAGUGGGACACAAUGGCUACAAUGCAGUGAUACAUUCAAUCAUUUCAUAAGACAUCUGUUGCAGAGUGUGCUUCUUUAUGGAGGUGACAUCUUGAACUUUACAGGGGAUGUGUUACUGGUGCUCUGGAAAGCAAGCCGAAGCCAACUGAGUAACAUCAUCACGCUAGUAGCAGAAUACAGUUUGAGUUUGCAGCGGUGGUUUGAAUACACCUGCAGCAGAGUGGGCUUGGAGCUCCAGCUGAAGAUUGGGCUGUCUGCAGGUCACAUUUCUCAGCUAAUUGUUGGGGAUGAGAAGCGUCAGUAUUCGCUGGUGACUGGCCAGCAGGUAGACGAUGCAUGGCUUGCGCAAAGCCUAGCAGAGACUGGGGAGGUGAUUCUCUCACCAAACUGCUGGGAGCUGUGUAAACAGGAUAUUUUAGAAGCAAAAAAGAUCCCAGGCCAAAAAGCUGUGAAGUCCUGAUGAGAAAUGCCUCGAUACUGUCUUCCAAUUAUGAGCAUGAAAAGGCCUUACGGAGGUUUGUGGUGGGAAAUAUUCUGGAAAAGAUUGAUAACAAUCAGCCACUGAAGUUUUUCUCUGAGCUUCGGCCAUUAACCAUUGUUUUUGUCAAACUGCAAUUUUAUGAGAGC